AUGGCGGAGCUCGGCGCUCACCUCACGGCCGCCUCGGCCGGUGACGACCGGCCCUCCAUCUUCGAGGCGGUGGCCCAGGACAGCCUGAUGGCCGCCGUGAAACCCGCCCUGCAGCACCUGGUCAAGGUGCUUGCUGAGUCUAAUCCUGGCCGAUAUGGCUUCCUCUGGCACUGGUUUGAUGAGAUCUACGUCCUUCUGGAUUUGCUGCUCCAGCAGCACUACCUGGCCAGGUGCAGUGCCUCCUUUUCUGAAAACUUCUAUAGCUUAAAGAGGAUACCCAUAGGAGAUUGCAGACAGCAACCUCUGGCCACUGCUGGCCUGCCAAAGAGGCAGCACUGGAAGUCUCUCCUCUUGUUGGUCCUUGUUCCUUACCUAAAAGGAAAGCUAGAGAAACUGGUGUCCAGCCUGAGGGAAGAGGAUGAGUACUCCAUCCACCCUCCAUCGUCAUCCUGGAAGCGCUUUUACAGAGCCUUUCUAGCUGCCUACCCCUUUGUAAACAUGACCUGGGAGGGCUGGUUUCUUAUCCAGCAACUGUGCUAUAUCCUCGGGAAAGCUCAGCAUCAUUCACCCAUGCUGCGGCUGGCUGGCGUUCGCCUGGUCAGACUGACUGCAGAGGAUAUCCAGGCCCUGGAGAAGAAAUUGGCUGGAGCCACCUCAAGCCAAACACACAGGUAUGUCAGAACCAUUAAAACACAAGUGCAGUCGGCAGUGAGGAAAACUUUGGGUGGCUUUGCCUUCUCCCUGUCCACCGGGCUGUCUGUCAGUGUGUUCUUCCUCCAGUUCCUGGACUGGUGGUACUCCUCAGAAAACCAAGAGACGAUCAAAUCUCUGACAGCCCUCCCAACUCCUCCACCUCCCGUGCACCUCGACCAGGGGACCGGCUCAGCUUUCUUACCCAAACUGAAGACCGUGUGCCCUCUGUGCCGCAAAAUUCGCGUCAACGCCACGGCCCUGUCCACCUCCGGCUUUGUGUUUUGCUACCGCUGUGCGUACAAUUACGUGAAGACUCACCAGCGUUGCCCAAUCACAGGCUACGCCACAGAGCUGCAGCACCUUGUCAAACUGUACUCUCCCGAGAGCUGAAAGGCCUGCCCUGUGCUUCCAGAGAGAUACAUCUCUGAGGCUAGCAGCUGGGUAGCUGUGAGCCUAAAUUCACCCCUUCUUAUAUCCCGUAGAAGACUCUCGACCACUGCAGCUCGUCAGUGAGCUCUAAAGCUCCUUUGAACUUGGUGGCGCAUCAGAGUUUUGCUGCCUUUGUGAAUUCUGGUAAGGCUCUCCCCUUUGUUUAUUAGCUGCUCAAACCAUCCUGUGACAGUUUCAGAGAGAUCAGACAGCCACAAUCUGUCCGCUGGCACAGAAACAACCAACCGAAAGGGAACAAACAUUGAUUUGGAUAAGAAGAAUACAGAUAUGAGGACCAAAGAGCAUCCCUAGUAAAAGUCCUGCUCGAGGGCAUGAGCCAGCAAAUUGAAGAGGUGGGGAAAAUUCUCUAGGGGAGUUAUUCCUCCCUUGGCAGCUUCCCAGGCGCUUGUGCUGCCCAGGGCAAGCUCCGGCAGCAGUGCUUGUCCAAGAGGUAGAGGCAGGCUUAAACCUCUGCUCGGGUCAUGCUGUUCUUAAGAGUCUCCUUGCAUUUUCAGGCUACUCACCUUUGAAUUGAGAAGAUCACACCCCUCAUUCCCAUCAACAGUUCCAAAUUAAGAUUUUUGACUCUUUAAAGGAACAAGGGGUGAUGCGUACAAACAAGGAUACAAGGGGGAGAUAUUUACUGCAAGAGGGAGAAAAAUGACAAACCAGAUUAAAGCAGCAACUGUGCCAAUUGAUGAGAAUGUUUUUUUGUUAAGUAAGUCUUUGAAUCUGUUAUUGUCUGCUUUUAUAAAGCAAAAUUCUUUCUUGAUUGAGAACUUAUUUCUUUUCUGAGAAUUGGAAAAACAGAGCUUGCUCUAUUGCUAUUUACAUAAGGGAGACUAGACUAAAGCUGCUUUCAUCUUUGCAGAUGAUGAUAAUGGAUAUAAGAUCAGUAUUUUGUAGACUGGGAAUCUUUAAUGUUUAAUUUAAGUAUGACAUUGCAAUUAUUCCAGUCCCAACCAUGUAGCACAUUCGUAUCGUAACAAAGCAUCCUUUUACUGAACAGAAGAGAAAAGAAAAUUUGUGUGACAUUAUGGCUGGUUCGUGCUUGACACCUGAUUUUUCAGGAUGGAAGGUUUUUUCCUGACUUGGCUCUAGAGAGCAGCAGUUAGCUACUCCAGACAUCAUGGUGACUUUGCUUAUAGAAUGAAGAGCAAAGUUGGCUGCACGAAGUACAUGGUCUUUCCAGAUUAAGAGAUAUGUUCUAACAUUUAAUCCACUGAACCACUCAUCUCAUUUCCCCCCCACUUUAGCUCUGCUUCAGAAGAUAAAAAUCUCUAAUAUCCUCCCUCACCUGUAAGCAGGAUAGCAACAUUAUUGAAUAACAUGGAAAAAAUGCAGUAAUUUGCAUCCUCCCAAAGAUGCUCUGGAAAACACCUUCUGUAACAAAUGAGAUUUGUCCCCAACGCUUGUCUUAUUACCGCUGUACAAC